GUCUCGCGAUACUUGGAGUAGACGAGCUCAGGAGCUCGUUUCAGUAGGGGUGCUCGACAUGUCAACAAAAGAGAUAAAUUACAACAAAACAGGCAUGUAAAAGUGUGCUGAUGUGGAUCAGCCUGACAAGAGACCCUAUAAGACUCACAUCUGCUCUUCCGUUACCUUGACCUGCUGUCUUCAUGACGACCCCUCCCCUGGUGCCUUCCUUUGGUGGUCAGCCGCCACCUCAUCAGCAGCAGCAGCAGGCCCAGGCUGCCCGAGAUGUCAACACGUCCUCCUUGUGUCGCAUUGGACAGGAGACGGUCCAAGACAUUGUCCUCAGGACCAUGGAGAUCUUCCAGCUCCUCAGGAACAUGCAGUUGCCAAACGGAGUCACCUACCACCCCAACACCCAUCAGGACCGGCUGGGAAAACUGCAGGAGCACCUCCGGAUGCUCUCCGUUCUCUUCCGCAAGCUGCGCCUCGUCUACGAUAAAUGCAACGAGAACUGUGCCGGGCUGUUCCCCGUACCGCCAGAGCAACUGAUCCCUUUUGUGGAGGAUGACGGCUCCAAACAUGAGGACCGUUCAGGCGGGCACGGCCACCUCGGCAGCGAGGAGAGGAGAGAAAUCCUGGAAGUCAACAAGGUAUCGUGUUUCUUUACUUUUCGUAGCACGACGCCGUUAGCAUCGCUGACUGGAUUUUCACUCUGUGCUGACAAAAACAGGAGGAGAUAGGAUAAUUUUUAAAAAGUAGAUAAAAAAUAAAAAUAUCUGUCUUCAGAAGGUUUAAGACAAUA